AAAUUUUAUCAUUGCUAAAAAUAAAUAAAAAUGUUAUUGAAAAUUAUAUCUAAAAUUCAGUUGUGUUAGAAACGCAUUUAGAACCAUCAGUUACCAAACGAAGAUGUUACUUCCAAUAUUAGGUUUUCUGUUCGUCGUAAUUAUACUUUACAUUUAUUAUAACUACCGGAGCGGCCUCCCGGGUCCUUGGAACUUACCCAUCAUAGGCUAUUUGCACAAAAUCGACCCGAACUUACCCAACAUCACGUUCACAAAACUGGCACAAAAGUACGGACCUGUCUAUAGCAUAAAACUGGGAUCGAUGGACACCGUCGUCAUUUCCGACCCAAAAAUUUUGAAAAAAGUUUUAAUGAAAGACGAGGCACUGGCACGGCCGCCACUUUUCCUUUUUAACAUUUUGUUUGGCAAUAAAGGUAUUGUAACAAGUCCUACCAACAUUUGGAAAGAACAACGCAAAUUCAUCCAUAAUUACUUAAGAACAUCCGGCGCCACCAAACUUUCGUCAAAAAAGAUAACAUUCGAAGAACAAGCAAGAACAUACGCUGAGGAAUUCAUAGACCACAUACUUGGGCAAGGAGAUCGUGUAACUCUAUAUCCGUUUGAACCCAUAGUUCACUACGUAGGUAGUAUUUCUAGCACUCUUAUUUUCGGAACUAUAUUUACUCGUGAUGACGAAACCCUUCUAAAGAUAGAGAACAAUUUCAAAAAAAUGAUGUUGUUGGCACCAAUAGGCGGUCCUUUAAAUUACCUGCCAUUUCUACGGUUUCUCCCGAAAUUCAAACAAACAGUUGCAUCUUUGACAAAAGUUGUUGAAGAAACUCGUCAAAUGGUGUUUGAAGUUAGUCAGACCCACACAACGUUGAAACUCGACGAAAACUCUCCAUCGAGUCUUACGGAGGCUUUCUGGUUACAAAGAGCGAAAUUCGGUGAUGAUGAGAGUUACGAUCCUGAACAACUGCGCUACCUUUUGUAUCACGUGUUUGGUGCCAGUCUUGAAACGUCUGUAAAUACGAUAAUGUGGUUUAUUUUGCACAUGGCACAGUACCAACAAGUGCAGGAAAAAGUACGCCACGAGCUUGUCACAGUUCUACAAGGGAAAGCCCCCACAGUACAGGAUUUAACUAAACUGCCUUACACACAAGCCACUAUUGCUGAAGUUUUCAGAAUUAGAACGAUAAUACCUUUGGGACUUCCACAUUACACGUUGCAAGAUGUACAAGUAGACGAUAUUAAAAUACGGAAAGGUACUACGAUAAUGUCUCUACUUUGGGCGAUUCAUAUGGAUCCGAAGGUAUGGAAGGAGCCUGAAGAGUUCCGUCCAGAGCGAUUUUUAAACGACGAAGGAAAUUUUUUUUCGACGGAGUCGUUUCUUCCUUUCCAGGCUGGUAAGCGGAUGUGUGUUGGAAAAGAUAUGGGAAACAUGAUUAUAUUUCUAUUUGUGGCAACUGUUCUUCAGAAACUGAAAAUAGAAAGUUGUGACUCAGCACCAGUAGAUAUGUCGUACGUUUGUGGCUUUACGUUGAUGUCUAAGCCACAAAAGAUCACAUUUGUGAGAAUAUGAGAAUGUUAGAGAUUUUCAAAAUUGUACUGAUGUCCAAAAAAUAAAUUACUUUGGUGCCAAAAUUGUAUUUCUUUGAAUUGUUGAGUUGAGUAAAUGAUUAUUUAAUA